AUGACAACCCCCGAGGAUGCUCCCCCGAUCAAACCGCCGCCCUCCUUCUCGCCGGCCUCACCUCUUCCCACAAAGUCCAGGUACGCGGAGCGCCUGCAGAAUACACAGCAGUCGGCGCUGACGUCUCUCUCUGAGAGCCCCCUGCACAACUCUCUGGCCUCAGAGCUACAGUCCUCGCCCUCAUCCCGGGCCAGCUCGCCUGAUCGUCGGCUUUCUCGCUCCUCCCAGCGGCUCUCUAGAUCCUCGACGCUUUCGCCAGCUAGACAUCAGAUCGAUGCUGCAGAUGAUAUACGGUCUACGAUAAUCCGGGCCUUUUCUCCGGCCAUCAGCGUUUACGCUUCGCAAGAGACGAAUGAACUUGUACGGAGAAAGGGGUUGAAGGGUGGUUUCUGCGAGCUCCUGCGGCCGUUUGGCGAAAAAAUUACCGGCAAGGUUAUCAUUCGAGACGGAGUGGGAUCUAGUCGGAGCUGGGAUGACUACGGGGUACGAUUUGUGCACUCGAAUGGUUGCCGGCAGACUUCGGCCGCGGGGGCUGAGGAUAUAGACAAGAUACCCCUUUUGGCUCAGAUCGAAAAGGUCUUGGAAACCCACCUAGAGCCAUCUAAUCGAGCCGCGAGUGAUGCAAUAUUUACUGGUCAACCUACUCCCAAGGGUGUGACCUUGUCAUCCCCUCUAUAUAGGCUGUUCCUAAGACGGCUAUUAUCAGCAGACGCUCCUACCCCUCAUGAAACCUUUCUUCACCCUGUAACAUGCGUUAUAGCCAUCAGUUCCAGUACACCGUCUCCGUUAGAAGCUCUACGCCAGCUUUACGCAGUUACAAGUAAUGGAGAGCAAGGGCCCCAACCCUGGAUCCAUCCAGAAUACCUCCGAUACUAUGUUCUUGUGCAUGACGAAGAUAGAGACGACAUUACUCAAUCAACCGCAUUAUUUGAUCAGAUGAAACGGCACUUCGGUCUACAUUGUCACAUGUUACGGCUUCGAAGUAACCAGUGCGUUGUAACAGAUGACGAUGGUAUGCCAUUUCCAUCAUGUGAAUGGCAAAGUUCGCGAGAAGAGUUGAUAGAAGCCAGAGAACAAGAACCCUUGAUAGAUGUGGGGUGGGAAUCUCCUCAUAUAUUCGAGUCCGAUGUUACAGCCAUUAUAUCCUUUAUCAGGGAGCUGGUUGCUCAGUCUGUUAUUCCUCACAUGGAGAACCGGGUCGCCAUGUGGAACGAACAAGUUGCCUCCCGAAGAAGGGGUCUAAGUGGCCGCUUCAUGUCGAUAUCCAGACGCUGGACCGGGUUUGGUUCGAGUUCAAAGUCCUCCGGCGCCUUUGGAGGCGGUAGCAGUGGAAGCAACUAUGAUCCCUACCAGGGGUAUUAUAAGCCAGAUUCCCCUGAAGCACUAUUACGGAAGAUGGCGGAUUAUUCUUUUAUGCUUCGUGACUUUAAGCUUGCUUCGUCAACGUACGACCUUCUCAGGAGCGACUUUGGGAAUGACAAAGCUUGGAGAUACCAUGCCGGAGCUCAUGAGAUGUGUGCUAUAAGCAUGCUACUCAACCCCCUUACCUCAACUAAUAAAUCCAAACUUGACGCUGUCGAUCAACUGCUAGAUAUUGCAUGUUACUCAUAUCUAACUCGAUGUUCAGAUGGCCAAAAUACGCUACGCACAAUCAUACUUGGAGCUGAGCUUUUGAAAUCUCGUGGCGGCCCUGCUGCUGAAAAUGCCGCCAAGUGGAACAUGAAAGCCCUCAACAUGAACCUCGUUGGCCCUAUCGGCCGAAUUCUCGUCUCUGAACGGACUUCUGCAUGUUUUGCCGCAAAGGUUGCAACAGAAGGCACCAAAUGGGGAACCAGACGGCGGAAGGCCGGGAUGUGGUCACUUCUCGCUGCUGAUUACUGGCUAUCAAUUGGGAAACCCGCUCUUGCAUCUAGCUGCUUGGAGGAAGCCGAAAGGCAUUAUGGACCUAUACUGGAAGAGGGACUAUUUGCCUUUCCUGAUCUACGCACAUACGUAGAGGAACUGAGACUGUCUGUGAAGAUGGGAUGCCUUGAAGCUCAAGGACUGGAGGCAGAGGAGGAUGAAGUUUCUGACGAGCAACCUGAUGCUACCGAAGAGAUGAAUGAGAAACUCCCUUUCCGUCAUCACCGGCGGUCUAUUCUCGGGUCGGUUGGACCAUUAGAAACUGUCCAGUCAGCCAAGCUCCUAAGGACGGAGGAUGAGGAGCCUGAAGAUGAUGACUUUGAAUGA